GAGCGUGUCUGUAGGUGUACAUGCUCAACUUGCAAGUAGCAACUGAAUGUACUGUCUGUUGGUGAACUUAAAAAGGGCUUGAAGUGCAGAUUACACAUCAUAUCUGUUUUAGCUACAGACACGCCAUGACAAGUCUCAUCUUUGUCUCGCUCCUUUUAACUAUCAUGGUGUCCACAGCCUCAGCUCAAGGUGGGAUAGGCAGUUGUUGUCGAAUACUUUCAACCACUCAAAUCCACCGAGACCGGCUGAAGAGUUACUACAAACAACAUAAACCGUCAUGCCCUAUUGACGCUGUGGUAUUUACCACGCUACACAACAAGAGAAUCUGUUCUGACCCCUACAAACUGUGGUCACAGACCAGCAUGGCCUACCUAGAUGGAAAGAACUGGCAACUCCAACGUAUAACGCAAAAGUGACACAAUAUUCACCUUCGCACAAAAAGACAGCACUAUUGAAAAUAAAAUUAAAAGCUCUUAAUUUCUCUUCUUCUAUUUGAGUUCCACAGACUUUGAAUGUUUUCAUAUGUUCUGCAUAUUCCUCACCUACUUCUAGUGAAGUUAAACGAUAUCUAUUACAUUUGCCUCUUUUAUGUAUAAUUUUCAUUUAUAUGAUGUGUAUUUGAUAUUCUGCAUGAAUGUAAAUAUAUAAAUAACGUGUUGCUUUCAUUGUACAAUUAUACUGACAUUAGCUAAUAAAAAUGGUCACAAUGUAA